CCCUUUACAUGUGAUAUACUCUUGGUGUAUGUCCUGAAAAUUUUCCCUUUUUCCUGCAUUUUGUAACUUCAACGUGCGACCAUUUUUGCAUGCAUCCACAUGCUCAUGCACCACUUCUUUAUUUUUUAAAGUUGUUGUGCCUUGCUGCCUAAGUUAAUCUUUUUUACAAUUUGGUGUAUGGUUUGUAGAUUGAUUGUUAUUGUUAUUUUGGCAUCUUUUUCUUUGGGAAUCAGGAGUAGGGAAUGCUUCUCUAAUAUUGUUUCUUCUGAUUUUAUUGGAGUCUACUGCGCUCCAUUUCCCCCUCAGUUUAUAUUUAUUGAAGUUAUUGCUUACACUUUACAGUGAAAUAAAAUUCAAGGAUGCAUGCAACUUAUGGCAUGUCAAUAAGCUUGAAAAGUGAAAUUAAACCAAAUUAUGCUCAAAUGACUAUUUUCUAGUAGUAUUUGUAGAAAAUGAUAUUAUGUUGCCUGGGAAAAAGUUGUAUUAUUCCACCAAGUUCAAAACAUAUUUAUGAAUGAACAUGGUCAACAAGACUAUUAUGCAUCAACAUUCGGUCUUUUUCUGGACCCGGCUCCUCAUUUGUCCUUCGAACCAGAAUCUCUUUAACUUUGUGCAAGGCCAUGUUUGAGGUUUUCCAGCUGUGUAUUGACACAGUUCAUGAGUCUAUCUUCAUAUACUUCUUUUAAUGUUUCAAUUAUAUUAUUUGGAUAUUAUGAAUCAUAAUUUUUGUUCGGUUUAUUGUAUGUGCAAUUAUUGGAGUCAAAGAUAUUUGGUGUUUGGUCACGGGUUUCUAGGUUACAAAAUUAUUCAAGUGAAAACUAGAUCUACCAAUAAGGCAUAGUUCUGUUUUAUCUGCUGCAAAAAUGGAAUUUAACUAGUGAUGUUUAUGUCAAAUAUAGAUUGCGAGUGUAAAGAUAAGUCUGCAUUGCGUAUAAACCUGACAUGUGAAAAACAAGGUAUCUUGUAGUUAUGUCAAUCUGAACUCAAGGUAAUUUUUGAAAAUUGAGUUCGUUGAGUGGCUAAAAUGGGGUGAUAGAGUUUGUGUGAGCCUUAUAUAUAAUUUGCAUCACCUUGAUUACCAUUUGGUUUUUCUGCGUGAAAACUGGUUAUGUAAGACAUUUGUAUAAUGGUGGCAGGGACCUGUGUUUGAUUCCCUAAGGUAAUCUUGAAUUUUAAUAUGUCAAUGUUUUUCUUUGUUUAUGUUUAUGUUGUUUUUGUGAAGGUAUCUCGAUGUUGCCAGUAUGAAAAGGUCCAAAGCUUAUCUCAUCAAUGGGGUCGUAAUAUUCCUUGCUUGGAUGGUUGCCAGAAUACUUUUGUUCGUUUACAUGUUUUACCAUGUUUACUUGCAUUUUGAUCAGGUUGAGAAGAUGCACAUAGUUGGACAGAUACUGGUAAUUGUUGUGCCAAUUGUACUAUCUGUUAUGAACUUGGUUUGGUUUGCAAAGAUUGUUAGAGGGUUGAGGAAGACAUUGGCAAAGAGGCAAUGAUAAUCUGCUUAGAAAUGCUUACUACAGAAACAUGUAUAGGUUUCCCUGUUUAUAUAUGUCACCUUGUCUGACCUGCACUGAAAGAUGUAACAGUAUCCAAUUGUAGUUUUAUAUAUAGUUUGGAUCCCUAAACUGAAUCUGUUUUUGGUGUUAAUGUAGAUAUAUAAGUGCUUCACAAGUUUUCAACUUUAUA